GAGAUAGAGCCGGCGGCGGAGCGAGGAGCCCCGCGGAGGAGGGCGGGGGGCGGCCGAGAGCGACGCGACCCCCCGGCCGCCCGCGGGUCGUAUGUUCAGGUCCAAACGCUCAGGGCUGGUGCGGCGACUUUGGAGGAGCCGCGUCAUUCCGGACAGGGACGGCGGAGAUGGGAGCGCCAGGAGCGGCCACGACCUCGGAGCCACCGGCAGCUGCAAGAUCGCGGAGAAAAGCCCCUCGCUGGAGCUCCGCGCGGUAGCGCGCAGCCUGCUGCUGCGGGAGGCGGAGGAGCGGGGCGAGGCGGCGCCGCGCGGGGACCCCAUGGCGGAGCGGCGCGGGGCCCGGCUCCGCGCCCCCGGCUCCGCGCCGGAGAGCGACGGCCGGACCGUGACCUGCUGCCUCUUCUCGGAGCGGGAGCCGGGCGGACCCCAGCCUCCCCCCGCCGCCGCCCCCGGCCCCGACGGCGCGACCGACGGCGGCUCCCCGGAGCGGCGGGGCCGGGAGGCGCGGGCGCGGCUGCUGCUGCUGGAGCAGGAGCUGAAGGCCGUCACCUACUCGCUGCUGAAGCGGCUGAAGGAGCGCUCGCUGGACAGCCUGCUGGAGGCGGUGGAGUCCCGCGGGGGGAUGCCCGGCGGCUGCGUCCUGGUGGCCCGCACCGAGGUGCGCCUGGGGGGCCUGGCGGCACCCCCGCACCUCCUCCUGGGCAAGCUGUUCCGCUGGCCCGACCUGCAGCACCCCGCCGAGCUGAAACCCCUCUGCGAGUGCCAGAGCUUCGGCGUCGCCGACGGACCCACGGUCUGCUGCAACCCCUACCACUUCAGCCGCCUCUGUGGGCCAGAGUCUCCACCACCUCCCUACUCUCGGCUGUCUCCUAAUGAUGAGCAAAAGCCACUGGAUCUAUCGGAUUCCACGUUGUCUUACACUGAAACAGAGGCUACAAACUCUCCCAACGUGACGCCCGGAGAUUUCUCAGACGCCAGCACGUCGCCCGAUGCCGUGAAGAGGAGCCAUUGGUGCAACGUGGCCUACUGGGAGCACCGGACGCGCGUGGGCCGCCUCUACACAGUGUACGAACAGUCUGUCAGUAUCUUCUACGACCUACCUCAAGGAAACGGCUUCUGCCUCGGACAGCUAAACCUGGACAACAGGAGCGAGACUGUGAGAAGGACUCGAAGUAAAAUCGGCUACGGGAUUUUACUGAGCAAGGAACCGGACGGGGUGUGGGCCUACAACCGCAGCGAGCAUCCCAUCUUCGUCAACUCCCCGACACUGGACAUCCCCAACUGUAGGACCCUGAUCGUGCGCAAGGUGAUGCCGGGCUACUCCAUCAAGGUGUUUGACUACGAGAAGUCCUGCCUGCUGCAGCACACGGCCGAGCUGGAUUAUGCAGACGGGCCCUACGACCCCAACAGCGUCCGGAUCAGCUUCGCCAAGGGCUGGGGGCCGUGUUAUUCCAGACAGUUCAUCACGUCGUGUCCUUGUUGGCUGGAGAUCUUACUCAGCAACAACCGGUAACGGUCAGCCUCCGGCGAGAGGAGAACGGCAAAACACACACACACACAAAACACACAAAAAAGGAAAAAAAAAAAAAAAAAAAAAAAAAAAAAAAAAAAACAAAACAAAA